AUGGAUCCUCCCGUGCCACGUCAUCGCCCUCCUUGUUUGCGCCAGCUUCCUUGCAGCUCCUUCUCGCGCCGCCCGGGGGGGGGGGGGGGAGGAGGGAGGGGGGGAGGAGUGUUGGGGAGAGGUGAAAAGGAGGGGAGUAUGGGGAGAGGCGCGAAAAGGUUCCGCGGGAUCGGACUGCAUUUCUCCCAUCGCCUCCUGUCACCGCGCAUUGCCGCCCAUUACCCCUCAUCACCGCCCAGUGCCGCCCACCACCCAUUCCCACCGCCGUCACAUGCUCAUGACCCUCCAUUCCUCCACACCCACAUCCCUUUCUCCUGUCGCCCUACACUCGCCACCACAUGUAUUCCCUUAAAGCGCCCACAGCUGCUCACUUUGCACUGCCCAUCUUCUUGCCCCAUUUCUUCCAUGUUCAUAUUUUCCUCCCUCCGCCCCCUCCCCCUUUCCCCUUCCCAUUCCCCGCCUCUACCUCCCCACCCUGGGCUCCAGAUUUGCUUGCAUGCCUUUCCCUCAACCCUCCAUCCUCCACUGCCCCUGUCCCUCCCCCAUCUCCAACCCCCUUCCGCACCCCCCUCCCCCCUUCCCCGGUCCCCCCUCCGCUUCCCACACUGGGCUGCAGAUGUGCAUACGCAGCUGCCCGGCGUUUGGAGGGCAGUGGGUGAACUGCGGCUAUGGCUGCUCCCCCUCCUACAAGAUGUGCAUCAAAACGGUCUGGAAGCAGGUGAGUUGCAACCUCCUAAAGGUUUAAAUCAUCGAGCCAUUUGGAGGGCAACGGGUGAACUCCGGGUGUGGCUGCCCCCUUUCCUACAAGAUGUGCAUCACGACUCUCUGGAGGCAGGUGGGUAG